GAUCACUUAGUCCUCAUAAGACUCCAGACACACCACCAAGUGCAGACUCAGAGUGCAGACAGCAUAGCCUACAUAUAAAUUACACUCUCCAGACAUGGGUAUGCAUGGAUCCAAGCUAAAGAAACAAGUGCAGAUCCUUAUGCUGGGUCUGGAUGGCUCAGGGAAGACCACCCUGCUCUACAAGCUCAAGUACAACGAGAACGUUGUCACCGUUCCCACUGUGGGCUUCAACGUGGAGAUGCUGGAGACAGACAGGAGGAGCCCUGGACUGACGGUGUGGGACGUCGGGGGCCAGAGAAGGAUGAGGCCCCACUGGAAGCACCACUUCUUGGACACAGCUGGACUGCUUUUUGUGGUUGAUAGCGGGGAUGAGAAGCGGCUGGACGAGGCCCGAAAGGAGCUCUAUCGGAUCUUGAAAUACCACAGUCUGAAAGGAGUUCCUCUGGUGAUUCUGGCCAACAAACAGGACCUUCCAGGUGCUCUGAGCCCAGAGAGACUCUGCCAGAAACUGGACUUGAGGAGAGUCUGUGAAGGCAGGGCGUGGUUCAUCCAGCCCUGCUCAGCCACUACAGGAAUGGGUCUUCAAGAAGGCUUUAGAAGAAUGGUCUAUCUGAUGAAAACUCCUCUCAGACAGACUCAAGAGGACAUUAGGGCAAAGAUGAGGUCCAAAGGCUUUAGUUUCACAUCAGUUAAACAAGCAAUUCUCUUCGGCAGCUGAUGGGGUCUGUUCACCCUGAUUUAUGAUUUUUUUAAGUUUCAGUGUUGCUCUUCUGUCCCUCUCAUCUGCAAAUCAUCUAAACAAGGCAUCUGUAGGGCUGAAUAAUGAUGUAAACAUAACCAUCAGGGUUAAUCUGCAAGGACCUACAUGUCAUUGUGCUGCAGAUUUAUUGUCUUCAUCUGAGGAAUAUAACCAAAAUGAUUCUGUGAGAAAUGCUGGACUAUUUGAUUCAUUUGGAGAAAUCUACCUUUACAUUUAAUUAUUAAAAUAUUAACAGUUUCUGUUACGGUACUUUCUCAGUGAUACAAGCUGUACUAUUAAAGAUCACCAACUAAAACUACAGUGAAUAGUGCAUGUAAAGAUGACUGUUAGAUGCUGAAUGUUUGCAUCCUUAACUCUUAACAUUAGAAUACAAAUCUGGUUAAGUAUU